CCCAAAACAAAUUUGAAUUUCCUCUUCUAUUUUUUUUUAUCUACCCCACCACAAACCUUAAUAAGUAGUUUUCUAGUUACUUUUGACAAAGGGUAUCUCUUCAUCUUCAACUUAUUGACACUUUUGUUUCUUUUCAUUUAAGCUCAAUUCUCCAUCUUUUUCACCAUUAAUAUCCAUUUCAUCUUCCUAUUCCCAUUGAACUUCAACCAUCACAAAGCAAAACAAAAGAUGUUGACACUAUUAACCAUUCUUUUCUUAGCAUUUCUCUUCAUUAUUGGCCUUAUCACAACAAUUUUCAAUUUCCCAACUAACAAGUUCCACUCUUUAAUUCAAUCAAUCUCACUAGAAUCUCAACCUCUCCAAGAAAGGACCAUAACAACACCCCCAUCAUCAUCAUCAACAACAACAUCCAUGGUUGAUCAAAAGAAGGCAAAAAGCUUUAACAAUUACAACAAAGUUGAACUAAGGGGUAUAUUUGCAACUUUUGACAAGAACAAUGAUGGUUACAUAACAAAGCAAGAAUUGAAGCUAUCUCUAAAGAAUAUUGGGAUAUUAAUGGAGGAUAAAGAUAUUGUUGAUAUGGUUGAGAAAGUUGAUACAAACAAAGAUGGUUUAAUUGAUCUUGAUGAGUUUUGUGAACUUUGUCAUACUUUCUUGGGAAUAGAUGGAGUGGAACAAGAAGGUGAAAUGAAUGAAGAAGAAGUUGCUAAUAAAGAGAGAGAUCUUAAAGAAGCUUUUGAUGUGUUUGAUCAUGAUAAAGAUGGAUUAAUAUCAGAAGAAGAAUUGAGUAAGAUACUUUCAUCUUUAGGAAUGAAAGAAGGUAAGAAAUUGGAUCAUUGUAAAGAAAUGAUAAAGAAAGUUGAUGUUGAUGGUGAUGGAAUGGUGAACUUUGAUGAGUUCAAGAAGAUGAUGAAAGCUUGUGGAACUCUUGUUCCAUUUUCUUAAAGCAACCAUAUACCAAUUGAAGAAAAUUAACCUUUUGUUACAAGCUAUACAAAUUACUAGUAUUCUUUUUGUAAUCUCUCUCUUGUUAUAAACUCGAGAUGAUAAACUCGUUCUUUCUAUUCUUCUCCAUUUUAAUACUGAACUUAGUUCGCUUGAUGCAGAACUUGGAUUUGUACUGCCUAAUGUUAUGAUGAUAUACUAGUAUUCAUUCAUUAGUUACAGGUUCGAAUCGUGAAAGCAUAUACUAGUGCUUGUAAUAGGGUAGACUAUCUAGAUAACAACCCGAAUCCUGCAUGAACACAGGAUGCUUUGUACACCCUUUUAGAAUUCAUCCAUGAGACUUCAUUUAGA